UUUAUUUAAAAUUUAUAUAUAUAUAUAUAUAAAUUUAAAUAAUAUAGUUAAGAAGAAAUAUGAAGCGAAUGACAACAGCAUUAAAAAAACUUUCACCAGGUGUUACUAAUAAACGUGAUCUAAAUAGACGAUUCAGAAAUAUUUGUCGUUUCAUUCUCGAUCAUUAUAACGGAAACGAUGAGUAAGAAGACGAAUAAGAAGAAAGGAACAUAGGUGAAAACUUUCCCUUUCUACUUUGCAACAAGUGAAGCAAUAAUCAUGCGCAAGUAGCAGAAAUCUCUUGGCUUUCGCCAAAGGUUGACGUUCGACUUUUUCUUCUGCCACGUGGCAAUGGGGAAUAUCUCAGGCUUUAUUGUAUGUUUUUUUGUUUUGUUUAAAUAUCAAUCAAUGGUUUAAUAAAAUAUGUUUAACUUAUUGAACACAUGCAACGUCGUCACAAUUUGUUUUGCUGAUUCAGGAACACUAUUUAUUAUGAUGUUAAAUAAAUAAUCUUCAAUUGAGAUCAACCCAAACGUGUUAAUUAUCAUCAAAUGUCUAAGGACAAAGAAAGGAGGUUUUCGUUCGUCUCAAAAUUAUUGAAGAAGAUAAUUAUGGAUAAAGAUUCGGUUGAGAAAAGAUUUCAAAGUCUUUUGAAUGAUGGAUGUAAGGCCCCGGUGCACACAAAUUCGUCUGACUUUGAUUUACCUUCUUUUUACGAUCCAAACAAAUUUCGUCUUGGUCAACAGGCAUUCUACAAUAACGUUUUCGCAAUGAUGAUUGGCAAAUUAGCAGGAUUAAUAUCUUUAUUAACAGUUCCCUCCAUACUUGAUGUAAUCAAAUUUACUAAACAAAGUAGUACACCUUGUAUGGUUUAUCGAAGAUACGUUUCAACUAUAUUACAUACGUUUAUUUGGUACAAAAAGGAACCCUAUAAACAAAUAGAGUUUCUAAAAUCUUUGAAGAUAGUCAGAAAGAAACAUUGCAUUGCAUUUCGAAGGUCAUUUGAAGCUGGAAUAAACAAAGUUUCGCAAAGUGACAUGACCUAUGCUCAAUUUGGGUUUAUUGGUUAUAUAAUUUUAUGUUCUGAACAUCUUGGUAUAUAUACAACUGAUGAAGAAAUGGACGGUUUGGUACACUUUUGGCGUGUAAUUGGUUGUGUACUUGGAAUGGAAGAUAAAUACAAUUUGUGCAUGGAAACGGUCGAAGAAACGCGAGCCCUUUGUUCUAAAAUAUUAAACGAAGUAUUUUUAACCUCUAUAAUUAAUUAUAAGAAAAAUUUCGACGAAAUGGGACAUAUAUUAUUAAAAGGACUUUGGCCCGUUCUUCCAGCUUUGGAUCCGUCAUCGUUUAAUGCUUUAACGUUAUAUUUAGCAUCAUUAGGAGAUAUUAAUAACAAUCAUAAUAUUAAAAUAGAUUACGACUCCAUGUCAUUCUACAGCAAAUCAUUAUUUAAUAUUGAAAUUUUCGUACUUCGUUAUCUAUUAUCAACCAAAUAUUGGUGGUCAGUUAUUUUUCGUACUCUUUUUAACUAUCUAAUGAUAUUUACUAUAUAUUUCACCGAACACUUCCCGAUCCUUGGUUAUUGUAGUUUUGGUAUAAAACAAGCGAACAUUGACAUAUUCCGAUAUAACGUAUCCAAAUGAAAUCUGUCAAAAAUAUUGGAAUAUAUAUAUUCGUAUGAUAUUGAUCUCGAAGAUUUAAUUCUAAGAUGGUUGAUUAUGCGCCACGCGACGAAAUGAUUUAUGAGACAAGAAUCUCUGAUGAAGAAUAUCGCGAUCGAGGAGUACCGUUCAGUUGUUGUAGUCUACGUUCAAUGACUCCAUGUAUACAUUCCGAGAUGAUGGAUAAGGAUAUUAAAAGUAUCAAUGAGAACGGUUGUGCGGAAGUUAUCAGUCCAGUUUUAAUUAGGAUUGUUGUGAUCGCAUACGUCAUGACUAGCACGUUAAUUGUCACGCAAGCUCUCUUAGCAUAUUUGAUAGCAAGAAUGAUAGAUAAACUUUCCGAAAGAAUUCGAUUUCCUGUAUCUUCCUUAAGCUCGAUCGAUGGUUCUAAUUGUAUUCUUUCAAAAAAAACUAAACACAGUUGGAGUAAAAGAAAAAACGAUGGUAAUAUUACUUCGUCAAUUAAUAAAUUGUAUCCCCGAGAUAAAACUAAGUCUGAACAAAAAGGGAUAAAGAUAAAACGUUUAUCUCCAAUAAAUAAAAAUACUUUGACAGAAAGUAGAAAGAAAAUUCGAAAAAACAAAUUAUAUUCUUCUAUCUCUUAUAGUAGAUCACCGAUUAUAGAAUAUAAUAUGGAAAUUUCCGAGAUAGCAAGAAUCAUGCCGAGUACUCACGAGGAACAUAGGAUAUCAAGGAAACGUUUGUUAACCAAACGAAUUCGUUGAAUUGUUCGAAUUUCAUAAUAUGCGGGCAAAGACGAAAUAUAGAUAAUUAAUAAAUGGAUUAUGGAAAAAUAAGGG